AUGUUCACUCGUGUUGCUGCUUUCGCGCUCGCCGCGCUCCCCCUCCUUGCGGUCGCCACCCCCCUCGCGGCGCGCGACGACUGCUCCACGGGCCCGAUCCAGUGCUGCCAGUCCACCGAGUGGUCCUCCUCCCCGGCGGGCUCUGCCCUCCUUGGCCUCCUCGGCGUCGUCGUCCAGGGCGUCGACGUCCUCAUCGGCCUCCAGUGCUCGCCCAUCACCGCCAUCGGCGUUGGUUCCGGCAACACCUGCAACGCCCAGGCCGUCUGCUGCCAGAACAACAACGUCGGCGGCCUCAUCUCCGUCGGCUGCGUCCCCGUCUCCCUCUAA